UUCUCUGGUGCAGGCGCUCCUCCUGCUGCCCCGCCCAGUAGGUUCGUUCGCACCGCUUCUUGCACACCCUUUCUCCCUCCUCCUUCUCCUCGCCCCGCCUUCCCUCCUCUUCUCCUCAGUCCCUCUAGUUCUUUCCCCGCCUCACCACCUUCCACGAUCUCGCGAGACUUGGCCCAGAACAUUGCGGAUCGGGUCGGCGCCAUUUUGGGACUGAGACUGGUUGUGGGGGAGGGAAAAGCGGCAAAAGGGGAUUAUUCAAAGUACCGAAAACCUCCUCCCGGGAUCGAGYGCAGCGGCACCCCCAGGCCAGGGACACCUCUGGUGGGGCAGAAGGUGAUUGAAUUAUUCAGAUAUGAAGAUCAUCUUCUAGGUUUUGUGUAAAAGGCCCCGGAUAUUUCAAGUGGCCAUUUUGGAAUUACAAUGUUUUUGGAUAAUUUUGCCCCUGAAGUUUAUUAAAAUUGGCAAGAAUCAUCUCUGAAGUGAAUUGAUAGUAGUGAACAGAUUCUACAAACUACUUAAAAAGAGACCCAGGCAUUUCUUCAGUAUUUUGGUUCAAACGGAUUAUAUAACUGGUUAAAAGUAUUUCAGCUGGUGAUAUUUUUGCCCCCCCCACCCCCAUCCUGUUGUUGUUCUUCAGCCAAACUGUAAGAUAUGUUUGAUUUGUGUACUGAGUAGUUUCAGCAGCUACAAAUUACUGUUUUGAGUAUUGCUAAAGUUUCAUGGCAGUUUAUUUUUACCUUUAUUAAAACUUUUAGGAAUUUUUGACCUCAGCCCUUUUCAUGUCACAAUGGGACAGCUUUUCUAAAUGAAGACAUUGAAAGAAUACAGAGUUUUUUUCUUUUUAUCUUUUACUUACGUGGAAAUUUAAGAUGUUGCAGUUUUCCACCAGCAUGGUAGUAUUGAGAUAGCUAUUUGUGUCUUUUUAUGUGCUGAUGUUUAGGAAUACUCUUCAGAUGUGAAAUUUUCUGUUCGUUUCUGCUUUUUGGCUCAUAAGUUGGAUAUUUCAUCUGGAGUGGAUAAGUACAACAGUUACAGUACAUGGAAUAAUAAAGAAGAUUUUGAUCUUAAAUCCGAGGAACUUGGCUAAUUCUGGAGAUAGCCAUAUGAAAACUUUAAAACAGAAGUAUGGGUAGCUGACUUGAAAUAACUCUAUGUCAAAUAGUCAUAGGUUAAGCAUCUUCAAAGAACUUGGAUAUUUCAGAGGAUACAAAAUAAAAAAACAAACUGGAAAACAUAAAGAUUACAGAGAAAGAACCAACACCUUCGUGGGCAGUCCUGUUGGAAUUUGGACUUGCCAUGAGGUGUUGAAGCCUUGUUUCACUGAGUUGGAGAGACUGGACCUAAAUGGCGCAGCAUGACUUUGCUCCAGCCUGGCUUAAUUUUCCUACUCCACCAUCAUCAACAAAGUCAUCAUUGAAUUUUGAGAAGCAUUCUGAAAAUUUUUCAUGGACGGAAAAUCGUUAUGAUGUGAAUCGUCGAAGACACAAUUCUUCAGAUGGCUUUGAUUCUGGUAUUGGACGUUCUAAUGGAGGUAAUUUUGGAAGGAAAGAAAAAAGUGGAUGGCGUACGCAUGGCAGAAAUGGUACUGAAAACAUAAAUCAUCGAGGAGGAUACCAUGGUGGAAAUUCCCGUUCUCGUAGCAGUAUUUUCCAUUCUGGAAAAAACCAAGGUCUACAUGAAAACAACAUACCUGACAAUGAAACCGGAAGGAAAGAAGAUAAAAGAGAACGCAAACAGUUUGAGGCUGAGGAUUUUCCAUCUUUAAAUCCUGAAUACGAGAGAGAACCAAAUCAGAAUAAAUCAUUAGCUGCAGGUGUAUGGGGCCUACACGCCCAGACACACACAUACCCAACCAAAAAAAUCUCCCAAGCUCCUCUCUUAGAAUAUCCUCCGAAUCCUAAAUCUAGAGCUCCAAGGAUGCUGGUCAUUAAGAAAGGUAAUACAAAAGACUUACAGCUAUCUGGAUUCCCUGUAGUAGGAAAUCUUCAGUCACAGCCAGUUAAGAAUGGAACUGGUCCGAGUGUUUAUAAAGGCUUAGUCCCUAAACCUGCUGCUCCACCUACAAAACCUACACAGUGGAAAAGCCAAACUAAAGAAAAUAAGGUUGGGACUUCUUUCCCUCAUGAAUCUUCAUAUGGUGUUGGCAACUUUAAUGCUUUUAAAUCAACUGCCAAGAAUUUUAGUCCAUCACCAAAUUCAGUGAAAGAGGUAAUGUCAUUAAAAAUCAUUGAGGAAUGCAUUUGCCAUCAUGCCCAGCUGCUCAGUCGUGAUAAUUUGAUAGCUGAUGUCCUCUUUUUGCUAACUUGUUUGUAUUCUGAAAAAGAUGAAGACUCAUUUAAUUUGCAUAACAGCAAUAGUACUCACCAAGAAAGGGAUAUAAACAGAAACUUUGAUGAAAAUGAAAUUCCACAAGAGAAUGGCAAUGCCUCAGUGAUUUCCCAACAGAUCAUUCGGUCUUCAACCUUCCCACAAACUGAUGUUCUUUCCAGUUCACUUGAGGCAGAACACAGAUUGUUAAAGGAAAUGGGCUGGCAGGAAGACAGUGAAAAUGAUGAAACAUGUGCUCCCUUAACUGAGGAUGAAAUGAGAGAAUUCCAAGUUAUUAGUGAACAGUUGCAGAAGAAUGGUCUGAGAAAAAAUGGUAUUUUGAAAAAUGGCCUGAUCUGUGACUUCAAGUUUGAACCCUGGGAAAACAGCACUUUCAAACCCACAAUUGAGAAUGAUGACACAGAGACAAGUAGCAGUGACACAUCAGAUGAUGAUGAUGUGUGAAGGAUUUCCUAACAGCUUUAGAAUUUUUAGUGUGAUACAUCUCUCAUACAGUUUGGGGUGAAUUGUAAAAAUGAAGAACUAUAAUUUAUGUAGUGAAAUACCCCAUUAGAAGAUGAUUUUUKKGGGGGACUUCAAUAUGAAGAAAACCAAGAAUGUUUUKUUGRGCUGGGUUGAACAUUAUUUCUUUGUAAAUGAAUGUUGUAGAAAUGAGGACUUUGGUUGAUCCAACAUUGACUUUCUUCAUCACUGCAGCAUUUCUCUGACUAGCAAUGUGACGAUGUAACAAAUGAGAUUUUCUCAUUUAAUAAUAAAAAAUUGUGUAAUGUUUUGCAAAGCUUCUGUCUUAAAAUGUCCAGGUCUUAAGGGAAAAAAAGGCAGCCUACACUGUUUUGCUUGCAGAGUCAUAUCUUUUUCAUAUAGUGGAAAUCUUCAAGUCUGCUUUGUGCGCCUCCCCACCCCACCCCACCCCCAAACAAAACAAAACAAAAAAGCGAAAAGGAAAAUGUAGCAUGUUGGCUGAAAACUGGUGCAAAGUGCACUAAAACAUUAAUUUCCUGAACUCGGCUGUUGUACUUGUCACCUUUUAAAACAAAUUGCUCUUUAGCCAUUUGUAGUGCAGUAAGUGUUACAGGAGAGACUCGCCACAUUUUCUUCCAAAUUUUAAGAGAUGUUUUUCAAGAGCUUUAUUUGGGUUAUGUUGUCAGAGCAGGAUUUUCAGACUUGGUGGAAAAGACUCUUGGGAAAACYUAUUUUGAUAAAUUAUUACACAUGCAGAAAAACUGAUCAAACUGACUGGAUCUGUCCACAACAUGGAAAAUAAACUGGAUUUUCAGAAUAUUGCUCUCUGUAGUGUUCAAGGUAUUGGUCUAUAACACAACWUGCUUUUGUUCACUUCUGAAAGUUAUACUCUCUUCAUUAAAAAUGGUGGUUAUUUUCUGAGGUUAGAAAAUCAAAAUAAGUCUUCAAUAUUGUAUACACAGGUUUAUUAAAUGAAUUGUGACUUUCCAUUUUCA